AGCUCCUCCUGGGCCCGCGAACUUGGCCAUUCAGCCACCGCUGUCCCCGCUGAGCGCCCUCGCGCCUCUGCCUGAGAAGCCGGGCGCUGUUUCUCCAGUCCCGAGGAAGAUGGCAAAGGUGGCCAAGGACCUCAACCCAGGCGUUCAGAAGAUGUCCCUGGGCCAGCAGCAGUCAGCAAGAGGUGUGCCUUGUCUGAGAUGCAAGGGGACGUGUUCGGGCUUCGAGCCACACUCGUGGAGGAAAAUAUGCAAGUCCUGCAAAUGCAGCCAAGAGGACCACUGCCUGAGCUCCGACCUGGAAGAUGAUCGGAAAAUUGGCCGCUUGCUGAUGGACUCCAAGUAUUCCACCCUCACGGCCCGGGUGAAAGGCGGGGACGGCAUACGGAUUUACAAGAGGAACCGGAUGAUCAUGACCAAUCCCAUUGCCACUGGGAAAGACCCCACCUUUGACACCAUCACCUAUGAGUGGGCUCCCCCCGGAGUCACCCAGAAACUGGGCCUGCAGUACAUGGAGCUCAUCCCGAAGGAGAAGCAGCCAGUGACGGGCACCGAGGGUGCCUACUACCGCCGCCGCCAGCUCAUGCACCAGCUCCCCAUCUACGACCAGGACCCCUCUCGCUGCCGCGGACUUUUGGAGAACGAGCUGAAACUAAUGGAAGAAUUUGUCAAGCAAUAUAAGAGCAAGGCCCUCGGCGUAGGAGAAGUGGCCCUCCCCGGGCAGGGCGGCUUGCCCAAGGAGGAGGGCAAGCAGCAGGAAAAGCCAGAGGGCACAGAGCCCACCGCCCCAACCACCAACGGCAGCAUCAGUGACCUGGCCAAAGAAUACGUCUGUGAGCUCUGCAAGGGAGUAGCACCUGCCGACAGCCCCGUGGUCUACUCGGACAGGGCCGGCUACGACAAGCAGUGGCACCCGGCCUGCUUCGUGUGCGUCAAGUGCUCCGAGCCGCUGGCGGACCUCAUCUACUUCUGGAAGGACGGUGCUCCCUGGUGCGGCCGCCACUACUGCGAGAGCGUGCGGCCCCGGUGCUCUGGCUGCGAUGAGAUCAUAUUCUCAGAGGACUACCAGCGUGUAGAAGACCUGGCCUGGCACCGAAAGCACUUUGUCUGUGAGGGCUGCGAGCAGCUACUGAGCGGCCGGGCGUACAUCGUCACCAAGGGUCAGCUUCUGUGCCCAACUUGCAGCAAGACCAAACGCUCCUGAAGGGCCGCCUGUCCGUGGCCGGGAUCCACAGGUGCACUGAGGCCAUCCUGAGGGUCUGACAUGACAGCCAGCAGGCACCAAAAACAGUGAUAUUGUUUUCAGCGAGAAUAUAUAUACGCAUAUAUUCUAGGUCGGGUGGGGGACCUGUGAGGGUCCAUAGUUUCAAAGUCAGAGAUGUCCUGAGAAGGCUUAGGAUGGAAUUAUUUUGUCUUUGUUGCUGUUGUUGCCCGGCUACCAACUAAAGACACAAUUGGCAUCCUGCAAGGGAUCUCUAGGAGGAGUUUCCCAGAAUGCAGUUCUGAGUGAGCGGAUCACGUAGCGGUAGAAUGCGCGUGCUUUUUCAUGAGCCUGGGGGCUCCUCCAGGAGCGGGCUGGGAUUCCAAAGAUCGUUUAUUGCCUCCUUUCAAAUGGAAUUUGAAUUUUAAGUAACUUUUUGGCAUGAUAAACAUAUCAAUAAACAUUUUAUG